AUGCCUGAUAAACAAUUCUUCACCGAUUAUAGUGAGGCUACAAGAUAUCAAAUCCAGGAGGUUAUUGGCAAGGGAAGUUAUGGUGUGGUGGGGGCUGCCCUGGAUCUGCACACUGGUGAGAGGGUAGCAAUCAAGAAGAUAAAGGAUGUAUUUGAGCAAGUUUCUGAUGCCACCCGCAUUCUGAGGGAAAUAAAGCUCCUCCGGUUGCUGCGCCAUCCAGAUAUUGUAGAGAUAAAGCACAUAAUGCUUCCUCCAUCCCAGAGGGAGUUUAAGGAUAUAUAUGUUGUCUUUGAACUGAUGGAAUCUGAUCUUCACCAAGUUAUCGAGGCAAAUGAUGAUCUCACCCCGGAGCAUCACCAAUUUUUUCUGUAUCAGCUCCUCAGAGCGUUAAAAUAUAUCCAUUCAGGUCAAUCUCCUUUGUGUUAGUUCAUCUGUGAAGUCGGUCAGAGUGCGAUUGCGGUAUCUUUGCUGAUAUUUCCUGUUGCUCAUUUGCAGCUAAUGUUUUUCAUCGGGACCUGAAGCCAAAAAAUAUCCUUGCUAAUGCCGAUAGCAGGCUGAAGAUUUGUGAUUUUGGGCUGGCACGAGUAUCAUUCAAUGAUUCUCCGUCAACUAUUUUCUGGACUGUACGUGACUCUUUCUUGGUGUUCAAGUCCAAUUCUGGCCUUUUGAUAUCGAGUUGCAUUCAACAGCGUUUAAUUUUUUGUUUCUCGCUCUAUCCUUGUGGAUAGCCCUGAUAUCAAAUCUUAAUCCUCUUUUCCCUCAUAGGAUUAUGUGGCAACCAGAUGGUAUCGCGCUCCUGAGCUUUGUGGUUCCUUUUACUCCAACGUAAGUCGUGAGUUGCUUUUUCAUAAGAGAAGAGUUGUUAUUAAGUUUAGUCUGAGUGUGAUACAGUAACUAAAGUUAAUAUUUUUCCCUGCAAAGAUGUUGCAUUGACACGGUAAUUAGUAUAUUGGAUCUUUUUUCUGCAUAAUGCAUAAUAUACUAGGAAAGCUGCAAUCCAUUUCUGACGUAGGAUUGCAUGAUCUCGGCAAAGCCUGUGCGGCCAAAACGUGUGGUUCUGCUUGAAUGGUGAGAAGCGGGUCUGGGAAAAACGAGGCGUUUGGUGGGGUGGUGGGUGGACAGGAAUAGACUACAAAAGUUAGUGCCUGGCCAGUUGAACACCAGGCCAUUUCGGGCCUAUUUUUACGCCUAGAAAUUUUAUUUUAGGAUCGUACAAUGUGGGGUCCCCCUAUUUUUACGUAUUUGGGUGAUCAAUCAAAUUUGGUACUUAUCACACAGAUUUAAGAUCUUAGUUUCCAUGUGGUCACUGUAGAGUUCCCCACCACUUAUUUGCGACUGUUCAUUUGGAUGGUUCACGACUAUCGAUGCACAUCUAUAGAUGAUGACUCAUGUGGGAAGCUAACCACGCGUAUAAUGCAUCUGCCUCAACAGUAUACACCUGCGAUCGACAUUUGGAGCAUAGGCUGCAUAUUUGCAGAGCUGCUAACCGGAAGGCCGUUAUUCCCUGGUAAGAGCGUAGCUCACCAAUUGGAGCUUAUUACCGAUCUACUUGGCACUCCCUCAGCAGUGUCCAUUGCAAAGGUUGGUAUCUCUCUGUUCUGUAGUUUCAGAUUUUUUUUCAUUUGUAUAUUUAUAACUAUUGGUAUGCUUUAUGAAGCUGGUAGUAGAGGCCAAUUACAACAUAAAUCACUUACUGUUCUACUUGGGGUUGCUUCUAAAAUGUGCAGAUCCGCAAUGAAAAGGCUUCUAAAUAUUUGAGAAACAUGCGGAAGAAGAACGCCAUUCCUUUCUCAAGAAAAUUCCUGAAUGCAGAUCCUUUGGCUCUUCAUCUACUUCAAGGAUUACUUGCGUUUGAUCCCAAGGAUAGACUUACUGCUGAAGAGGUAAGAUGUUGAGGUUUUGAACGUUUCUGAACCUGAUCUGCAUGAUGAAUGCAACCCUCGAAUAUAUCAUUCGUCUAUCUUAAUAAAAUGACUUGAGCUUGCUAAACUUGGUUAGAAUCGAAUUUCGGUGAUUUCCGCAUCUUCAACUUUUACGACUUUUACGACCAGACUUGGUUUUAAGAGUAUGAAAGCAGAUAUUCAUCGGCCAGAAUUUAUCUUUGUUGUCUGCACUCCUUAAAAUCAACAGCUAUUUAGUUUUGUUUAACGUGCUUUCCAAGUGAUUUUGAAUGAUAUCUGUUAUAGUAAAUUUUAUACGUAGCAUCUUUUUUCCCUUGGGAUCCGUGUUGAACGAGGCAAGUGUUUACUUGGACAUAAACAUGUUGACCCUACAAUGGAAAGGACCCAUUUUUGGGCUUGUGAUUCUGAUUCUCUGUUCAAACUCCUCUGUAGGCCCUUGCCCAUCCGUAUUUCCAUGGCUUAGCAAAUGUGAACGCUGAACCUGUAAUGAGGCCCAUUUCUAAAGCAGAAUUUGAUUUUGAGAGGAGGAAAUUGACAAAAGACGAUGUACGGGAACUGAUUUAUCGAGAGGUAGUAAAAUCUGUUUUACCAUCUUCUCAUAGGUAUGCACCAUUCGUGCACCUUUCUUAUGUUUAA